AUGGAAAUUCAGUUUCUUGAAAACAAAAGCAUUCUUCUCACUGGCGCCGCUGGCUUUCUUGCAAAGGUUGUGAUUGAGAAGAUAAUUAGGGUUGAACCAAAUGUGAAGAAGCUAUAUCUUCUCUUGAGAGCCGAAGAUUCCUCCUCGGCCUUACAUCGUUUUAAUACCGAGGUGAUGGAGAAGGAGUUGUUUAAGGUAGUGAGAGAGAAGUAUGGAGCAAAAUUGAAUUCAUUUAUGGAGGAAAAGGUGUGUGUGUUAUCCGGCGAUAUCACUUGUGAUUGGUUGGGAUUAAAAAUCUCAAUUUUGGAAGAGCUCUUUGAAAAGUUGGAUUUUGUCAUCAAUUUAGCAGCAACUACUGAUCUUGAUGAAAGAUAUGAUAUUGCGUUGCGAGUGAACACAAUUGGAGCUGCAAAUGUUUUGAGUUUUUCGAAAAAAUGCAGAAAAUUGAGGAUGCUUCUUCACGUAUCUACUGCAUAUGUGUGUAGAGAGAAUGAGGGUCUUAUUCUCGAGACACCAAUGAAUGAGAUAGAAGGAGUGGAUAUCGAAGAGGAAAAUCAAAUUAUCCAACAAAAUCUUCAACAAUUACAAGCUCAUGCAGCCUCACACAAUCAUAUUACAUCAGUUAUGAGAGAUUUAGGUCUCCAAAGGGCAAACAAGUAUGGGUGGCCAAAUACUUACACUUUCACAAAGGCAAUGGGAGAAAUGGUGCUGGGACUAUUCAAAGAAAACAUACCUCUUGUAAUAAUUCGACCAGCCAUGAUAACAAGCACCUUAAAACACCCCUUCCCCGGUUGGAUUGAAGGGGUUCGAACCAUUGAUUCCUUUGUCGUUGGAUUUGGGAUAGGCAGACUGACUUGCUAUCCAGGCGAUCCCCAAAAUAUAAUAGACAUUAUACCAGCAGACAUGGUAGCGAAUGCUAUGAUGGUAUCAAUGGCAUCACACGUGGACAAAACAACACACUUAAUUCUCCACGUGGGAUCUUCGUCAUCGAACCCAGCGCCAUAUCACAGGGUUCGAGACAACAUCGUACAUUUCUUUACAGAGCAACCAUGGCUCCGCAAAGAUGGCACGCCUGUCGUUGUCAGAAGUCCCACGCAGUUGCCUACUAGGGUUGCUGCCCGAAUAUACAUGGAACUCCUUUACUUUAUUCCCAUUCGGAUUUUAGGGAUUGUAAAUGCUGCAAGUUUUCGAUAUUUUGAUCGAAUCUAUCUCGACCUUUCUAAGAAGGCUAAUUUCUUGAUGCGGUUGGUCGAUCUAUUUAGCCCUUAUCUCUUCUUCAAUAGAAUAUUCGACGAUACGAGUGCCGAGAAAUUGAGAAACACGGCAAAGGAGAUGAGUGGCGAUAUUGAGAAUGAGAUAUUGAACUUCGAUCCGAGAAGUAUAAAUUGGGAUGAUUAUCUGAUGCAUACUCACAUUCCUGGCCUCGUCAAAUAUUCUUUCAGACGUUAA